AUGAAGUCCACUCUGCUCACCGCCCGUCUAGCGGGCUCGCGCAACGCGUUACGGGCGACGCGUCCUGCGCUCAGCGCACGCAACUAUGCUACACCCCCUCCCAAUAUCGCGCCCGAUGACGACCCGCAACUCGGCCCCGACUACCCCCAUCUGCCCCCCAUUUCGAGACAGUACCUGCCCGCUCUCAAGAGAUGGGACGAUCCACAGAUGCGCCGCAACUUUGGUGACCCUUUGUACAUGCGAGAGGAGAUGCUGUCGAUGUGGGGUCCCGAUAUCCCUCCGGUACCACCACUGGUCGCGCUGCGCUGGUUUACCAUUGCAGCGCUCGGCUUCGUCUCAUUCGGCGUACUGACAAAGUACGUUUUCACUCUGGAACGUCCAGCGGUACCGCGCGAAUACCCUUACUCGGGGCUGGUGACUGAACUCGGCGGGCUUGAGGAAAACAAGGCACGAGAGCUGACUGAGUCAGAGGACGAAGAGUAG